AUGAAAACAGUGUGUGCCAUCAGAUAGUACACUAGAAAGGAAAGAAAACCAGAGGGAGACCAAAAAGCAAGCUUAUUAUGAAAGGGGAACGUUUGAAAGAAUCAGGACUUGUUUUAACGAAUGAUGUGAACCAUUUCCUACUGGAGGGUUAACGUCGUGAAAUACCAGUUGUCUUUACCUUAGAUCACUGUAUAACUUAAUGAAAGACUGGAUUCUAAAGCAUUGCUUUGGAAUGGGAAAAGCUUCCACCACAAAGGAUGUUAACUGUGGUCACCACGUUCAAACGUGAUUUAUCAGCGCUUUAUAAAAGAAGUUAAAACUACUGAUCUCGAGCUGACACAACGGUAAAUUGCUGUGGAUAGGAACAUCUCUGCAUCCUCUGUCUUCCACAUGACCCCACUCUCCUGCUGCUCUCAGCUCCUGUGAAAACCAUAACAUUCUCCAACAUACACCGUCAGCAUGACAUCCACUCCACAGAUUCUGGCCUUUAAGCUCUCCCCACCCUCUCAGGAUGAGAGUUCAGAGCGUCUGUUCAACUGUGAUGAGAACAUUGAACGGCGUUACGAGGUGGUUCCGUCUGUCGUCUGCUCCAUGUGCUGCCUCUUUGGCAUCAUCUACUGCUUCUUUGGGUACCGCUGCUUCAAGGCCGUAAUGUUCCUCACAGGUCUAAUGUUUGGCUCCAUCAUCAUUUUCAUGCUCUGCUAUAAGGAGAGGGUCAUGGAUACUCAGCUAAGUGUGGAGGCCAGUGUGGGCAUCGGCCUGGGCAUUGGCACUCUGUGUGGCUUGGUUACUAUGCUGGUCCGCAGUGUGGGGCUUUUCAUGGUUGGACUUCUCCUGGGUUUACUGAUGGCCCUUGCCUCUCUGGUGGUUCUGGAAGAGUUUUACCACCCGAGGACAGUGUGGCUUCCUCUGGGUGUGCUGCUGGGAUCAGGCAUGCUGUUUGCUGUGCUCACGUUGCAAUGGCAGCGCUGUUUUACAACCCUCUCCACUGCCGUCUUUGGAUCAGCCGUGGUUACGGUGACUGUGGAUUAUUUUGUUGAGCUGUUCGCUUUGACACGAUACAUCUACGAGAGGGUGAAGGUGGAUCCACCUCGCCCCGUGUGCUGGUUCACGUGGGUGGUCAUGGGAGUUUGGCCCGUGCUGGCGCUGCUUGGUGUUCUGAUUCAGUGGAAGGUCACGGGUGAAGGAUAUUCACACACAGAAGUCUUCAUCAGUCACCAGCAGAGACGAGUGCAGUUAAUGCGAAUUCGUCAGAAGGUAGAAAGAAAAGAAUGUAGAAAGAAGAAGAAAAAGCCACAGAAACAGCCACCACAGCAACAGAAGUACCAUCACCCCCCUCAGUCCAACCCUCGUCCACCCAACCCUCCACCCAAACUCCAGCAUCCAGAGCCCAUCCACCGUCGGAAACCCAACACCACUCGCCGCUUUGAUGGAGACAUAAUUUCUCCAAGUUACAUCCAGAACUUUCGUGACAGGCGUGCAGACAGGAGGGGCUACUCUCACAACAGGUUGAUUGGUGGCUCACACAUUGUAGAUUUAGACUAUGACUAUGGCUCCCAAGUGCCACUAACAGCCCAAACAGGCCCUGCAGUGAGAGGUUGACCCAGUUCCCCUAGAGAUGCACAGCAGCAACCAAUCUGAGAACCAAGAACGUACUGGCCGGAUCAAAUCAAAUGGCUCAAGGGACUCUUAUACCCAAACCGAUUUGCCAUGUUCCCAUGCAUUUUUUGCUAAGUAAGUGUGAUGCUGUUGAGGUUGCAUCAAAUGAAUUGUUUACCUACAACACAGAGUGUUAUCAUUUGCACACCACUGCCUAGUUGUGCUCUAUUCUCCUGCAUAUUACUCUAUUUUGUAAUGCUGAAGAUGGGUGUAGUAUGUGUAUCUGCCCUUCUGAGGCUCUUCUACCCAUAAUUAGGCGGCUGUCUCACUUUGUUCAGGAAGAAUGGUCUCAUAAUCACAGCAGCCGUUUUAAAGAAGGUACAUUAUGUUCAAUCCGAACAUGGGACCAAAUACGGCUUUGACUUUUAAGUGACUAAGUUGCCAUAUAGCAUGCAUGGGUUCUGCAGGAUAGACCAUUCAUAUAUCUGGUUUACAGAGUCAAAAUUUUAUGACCUGUUAGACAUGUUUCAGAUAAUACGAUGUUUACAGCACAGGCAGGGAAGUAUGUACCAUUUUAUAACAGUUUCAAAUGGCUUUAUCUGCUCUGUGUCAGGACCUACGCAAUUUCUGUCAAACCAUGUAAGGUGAAAACAAGCUCUAUUCAGCAUGAGCCUAUUGCUGAAACCACAAAUAACAAAAUGUCCUGUGUGUUUAUCUUUGUCAGCCAGUGCAUGUUGGAAAAAGUGCCACCAUUACUUAUUUGUGAAGUAGCGAUGCAUUGUUUUCAUUUUUAUAAACCUGUUGUUAGAUGUCCUAUUUAUGUCUGUUGUAGGCUUAGUUAAAAGUACAUAGCGACUGUUUGCGUGGCUCCCAGUUAAAUCUCAGGGGCUGUGGUAGCAAGGGGAGGCCUAACGAUGUAACUGUGAACACUUAAGGGUUUUGUAUGGAUGAUUAAAAAGUGUCCUUGUCUACUGUGAGAGAGUUUUGAAAGUAACUAAGGGACUAAAGAAAGAUGCCUAGGAAGGCAGAGUGAUUUCACACCCAGUUUCUCCUCUGUGUUUAUCAGGGCUGUAAGAGCAAUGAAGUCACAGUCUAAUCUCUUCCUCUCUUUGGAGUAGUGAAAGGGCUCAAAGGCUUAAAUUCCUCUCUGUUUACCAUGUUUUAAAGGGACAGCUUGGAUCUCUAGUAAAAUUUUGUACAUUUUCCGAAUGUAUAUAUGCUUACAUGCAAUUCUGUAUCAUUGCUAGUGCUUUGAUUAAUAUUUUUUAAUGUUUUUUUUUUUCUAAUCAGUGGUUACAUCUGUGUGAAGAACUGUCCUUUUGACAAAUGUGUCAUUGAUAGUCAUUUGUAAUUAUAAUUUAUUUCUAAUUUAUUAGAUAAGGACUUCAAGUGGAACUCUGUAUGUAAUUAAAUUGAUGUUGACCGUUAUUAUUAUUAUUGAGCAUGAAUUUGUACAAACUUUAUGACCAUAAAUGUUGUGCUCCUGAAGUCAAAUAUGCUUUUAUGUAUUGUGUCCAUUUCCCUCUUAAUACACUGCUGUUUAAAACGGACGAAUUUGGUCUUUUUGAAGGCGGAAGAUGCCUUUGAGGCACGGGGUGAAACAUUUUAAAUUGUGUUCACUAGUUACUGGUGGACAUGCCCAGCAAUGAAGGCAAAACAUGCUCAAGUACCUCUGUGAUACACUGCAUAAUUUUCCAUUUUAAAAAUAAAUGUGCAAAUCCCUGCAGGGGCAGAAUUCAUUUACUCUGAGGAAAAUAAAAAGUAA